AGUUUAUUCAGACAUAUUAAGUGAAACAUGGCUGACGAUUUAUUUGAUAAAAAGAAAGAUGAAGCGCCGAUAUUGGAUUUAUCAAAAACUGUGAUAAAUACGGCAGAGGAGUACAGAGCUGUCUUAGACAAAGUGCCUGAUUUUAAAACAAGACCGGAAAAGGUAAAAGCAGAUGAUUGCAAAAUAAAAGAUAAACCUGAAGAUCAGAAAACAAAGACAUCUCGGAAGGAAAUUAAAGCGUAUGAAAAAUUAGGAACCCGAGGUUACGAAGAGAAAAACUUUACGUUCAUGGAUCCCAUACCUACAGAAAUGCGAGGGCUUAAAUUUGAGGAGUUGUGUGCGGUCCCCAUCGAAUGGCGGAUGCUUACUUCUAUCCGGCCCAAAUCUAAAUUGGAUGAAGAAUAUUUUAACAGAUUAAUAGAAUUACGCAAAGCAGAAUUGAGAACCAAAGCACGAGACAAGAGGGAAUACGCUAAAAACUCAAUGAUUCGAAAAACAAAGAAUCGUUCGGGUGUGACUGAAACCAGAAUCGUAUCAUGCUCCGAGUGUGGAGAAGAGUAUUGUGAUGGUAAAAUGUGCAUUAUCACCAACUACGAUAUGUUUGUCCGGCUCAAAAUUGAAGUGGAAACAAAGGAGAAGCGGACACAACAGACGCCCGCUGCAGGAGGACGGCUGCGCAAGAUGCGCCGGCGCGUGCGCCGUAAAUCACGCAGUAAAAGCGCUGCACCGCCAUCUCGCUCUACUAAUCCGAAGUCGGGUGCCAAAAGCGACUCCGAAUUGUAAAUCACGUAAAUUUCAUUAGGGAAAUUUCUACUGAGAUUAUGGUUCAUUUCUAUUGAUCGAUGCAAACCUACUACAGAAUAAAGGCAAAGUCGUUGGAGCUCGUUGAGAAGUUGUUUAGACACAAACGAUCGUGUUCACAGUCCAAUAAUGUAUGAAAAUGAGCUAUUUACAAGAGCGCUUUAAUCCGGUGUCACCAUAAUCGAGUAUUUAAAAACUGUUACGACUGAUGUGUCUCACAGAAAAAAAAUUAAGUCAGUUUUAGUAGCAAAUAAGAUUCAGUCAUACCGCGUUGUUUUAAAGUUGUAAGAUUAUUUACUGUCGACUCUGAGAUAACCUUACUACGACGUCAUCGUACCUAGCUUAAGUUUGAUUGCAAUAAAAAAAGUCGCAAUUCGGGCGCACUUUAAAUUUAGUCGAUAUGAUAAUUAAGCGAGU